AUGGGGCAGUGUCGGUCAGCCAAUGCUGAGGAUGCCCAGGAAUUCAGUGACGUGGAGAGGGCCAUUGAGACCCUCAUCAAGAACUUCCACCAGUACUCUGUGGAGGGUGGCAAGGAGACGCUGACCCCCUCCGAGCUACGGGACCUGGUCAGCCAGCAGCUGCCCCACCUCAUGCCGAGCAAUUGCGGCCUCGAAGAGAAAAUCGCCAACUUGGGCAGCUGUAACGACUCUAAACUGGAGUUUGGGAGUUUCUGGGAGCUGAUUGGAGAAGCAGCCAGGAGCGUGAAGCUGGAGAGCCCUGUCCGGGGGAGUUGA